ACAAGGGGGCGCGCGCCUAUACCCACAAGAAAAAAAAAGACGGGGGGGGGAGGAGGACAAGCGAGGAUCAUUUCGCUUGCUAUUGAGCCCCCGAGAAAGGCUCCCUCCGAAUACCGAAUCGCUACGGAGAACCGCCAACACAUAUCUGUGUAGUGCUAGCGGCAGAUUGGAGGAGAUUAUCCCCCAGGAGCUCAAGCCGCGGCGGCUGCAGGGAACAGAGCGCGGAUCCCGGAUGGCUAGGCGCGGCUCCUCGCGCUCCCUCCCACCCAGACCCGGGAGGUAGGCUACACACGCUCGGUCCGGAGAUCGGGGGGAAUCUCCAAUGCUCCCAUGAUCACGUUUGGUUAUCUCCGCCCUCCGCAGUCUGAGAUGUUCGAGCAGCUGUCGUGGUCUCCCGCAGAACACCGUGUCUGUGAUACGCUUGUAUCACGCUCACUCUCCACGGAGCCGAUGGCAUUUUGGGAUGUAGCAGAGCGGUGCUGUUUAACCAGCCGUCUGAUGCAGUGACUCCUCUCAGUGAAGCCUCUAUCGGAAGGAAAGACGAGAGAGGAAAGACGUGGUUUGUAGGAAACCAAGCCAACUUACUCUCCCUGGCUCUCUCUCUCUCUCUGGCUCUGUCUCUGUCACACACAAACACACACACACACACACACACACACACACACACACACACACACACACACACACACACACACACACACACACACACACACACACACACCCUCCUCUACCCACACAGACUCAAACGCAGAGAGGACACCAGGAGUGUGUGCAGCCAUGCCCGUGUUCAGUGGACUGCUCAAGGUGCGGGUGUGCGAGGCGGUAGACCUCAAACCCACCGCCUGGGCCCUGCGACAUGCCGUGGGCAAGAGUGGCUCCUUCCUGCUGGACCCCUACCUGGCCCUCAACCUGGACCACAGCCGGCUGGGCCAGACGGCCACCCGGACCAAGACCAACAGCCCCGCGUGGAACCAGGAGUUCUGUAGCGAGGUGCGGGAGGGCCGCAGCCUGGAGCUGUCCGUGUUCCACGACGCGCCCAUCGGCUACGACGACUUUGUGGCCAACUGCACCAUCCAGCUCGAGGACCUGCUGCAGAACGGGACGCGCCACUUUGAGGACUGGAUCGACCUGGAACCAGAGGGGCGGGUGUACGUGGUCAUCGAUCUAUCUGGCUCCUCCACUGAGGCCUCGGGGACCAAUGAGAGCGAGGAGCGGGUGUUCCGCGAGCGAGUUGGACCGCGGCGGAGGCAGGGGGCGGUCCGACGGCGCGUCCAUCAAGUCAACGGCCACAAGUUCAUGGCCACCUACCUGAGACAGCCCACCUACUGCUCCCACUGCAGGGACUUCAUCUGGGGGGUGCUGGGGAAGCAGGGGUACCAAUGUCAGGUGUGUACGUGUGUGGUCCACAAACGCUGCCACGAACUGAUCAUUACCAAGUGUGCUGGGAUGAAGAAGCAGGAGGAUACGCCGGAGGAAGUGGGGUCCCAGCGCUUCAGCGUCAACAUGCCCCACAAGUUCAGCAUCCACAACUUCAGGGCGCCCACCUUCUGCGACCACUGUGGCUCCCUGCUGUGGGGGCUUAUGCGGCAGGGUCUGCAGUGCAAGGUGUGUAAGAUGAACGUCCACCGUCGGUGUGAGAGCAACGUGGCGCCCAACUGCGGCGUGGACGCCCGCGGCAUCGCCAAGGUGCUCGCCGACCUGGGGGUCACCCCCGACAAGAUCUCCAACACGGCGCAGCGCAGGAGAAAGCUGCCUCCAGGACAGGAGCCCCCCCAGUCCCCCCCGGAGCUGUCCCAAACUGGGGACGACAGCUUCAGCCUGCCAGCCGUCCCUACCUCCCCCUCGCAGCAGGACCUGACGGAGCUGGAGCGCCUCAACAAGGCGCUGUCCCUGGAUCAGCCGGGCGUAGGCGACACCACCUCCCAGUCCUCCUCCUCCUACUCCUCCUCCUCGUCCUCGUCGGCGGGCGGCCGGGAGAACGGACAGGGCCAGAGGAGGACCCUCAAGGACUUCAGCUUCAUCAAGGUCCUGGGCAAGGGCAGCUUCGGCAAGGUGAUGCUGGCCGAGCUGAAGGGCACGGAGGAGGUGUUUGCGGUGAAGGUGCUGAAGAAGGACGUGAUCCUGCAGGACGACGACGUGGACUGCACCCUGACGGAGAAGCGCAUCCUGGCCCUGGCUCGCAAGCACCCUUACCUCACCCAGCUCUACUGCUGCUUCCAGACACGGGACCGGUUGUUCUUCGUGAUGGAGUAUGUGAACGGCGGGGACCUGAUGUUCCAGAUCCAGCGCUCCAGAAAGUUUGACGAGCCGCGCUCGCGCUUCUACGCCGCCGAGGUCACCUCCGCCCUCAUGUUCCUGCACCGCAACGGGGUCAUCUACAGGGACCUGAAGCUGGACAACAUCCUGCUGGACGCCGAGGGCCACUGUAAGCUGGCCGACUUCGGCAUGUGCAAGGAGGGCAUCCUGAACGGGGUCACCACCACCACCUUCUGCGGCACCCCCGACUACAUCGCCCCCGAGAUCCUCCAGGAGCUGGAGUACGGUGCGUCGGUGGACUGGUGGGCGCUGGGGGUCCUGAUGUACGAGAUGAUGGCGGGCCAGCCGCCGUUUGAGGCCGACAACGAGGACGACCUGUUUGAGUCCAUCCUCCACGACGACGUGCUCUACCCCGUCUGGCUCAGCAAAGAGGCCGUGUCCAUCCUCAGAGCGUUCAUGACUAAGAACCCGGCCAAGCGGCUGGGCUGUGUUGUGAGCCAGGGCUGUGAGGAGGCCAUCAAGACCCACGCGUUCUUCAGGGAGAUUGACUGGGUGCUGCUGGAGCAGAGGAAGGUCAAGCCCCCCUUCAAACCACGCAUCAAGACAAAGCGCGACGUGAACAACUUUGACCAGGACUUCACGAAAGAGGACCCGGUGCUGACGCCCACUGAUGAGGUCAUCGUGCGGCAGAUCAACCAGGAGGAGUUCAAGGACUUCUCUUACUGCGCGCCCGACCCCGAGACACAGACUUAGCCCGGACACACACACACACACACACACACACACACACACACACACACAAAUGCAGACACACACACACACACACACACACACACACACACACACACACACACACACACACACACACACACACACACACACACACACACACACACACACACACACACACACACACACACACACACUUUCUCACAAUUGUGCACUCAAUCCUUUACUUUUCAAACUAGUUGUUAAUUUUUCGAUAUUAUUUACAGCUGUGUGUGGUUCUUGUUGCCUGGCUUUAUUAUAAAUCUAUGAAUAUGCACACUUGCACACGCUAGCAAACCAACACACGACACACAUUUAUAUAUAACAUUCAAGCACACUGAUCCACAUGCACAAAGGCCCGAUAUGCACACUUUCGCUCACCGUUAAUUAAAACGUUCAACAUGCACACAUACACAGACACUGCUUCUCUGCCUGACAACUGCAGUGGCAUGGAUUGUCCACUAGGGGUCGCGUUGGCAGGGGCUUGUACAUAGCCAGUGUUGAGUGGCUGUAUCGUGUUUGGUAUCGUCUGCUAGUGAAACCAGGAGAGUGAUGACGCAUGGACAAACUCCCUAUCUGUGUUCUACUGUUGUUAUUGUGGACCAGUCCGGCCCUCUGAAACAUACCAUUUGUGCAAUAUUAUGUAUUUUGUUAGAAUCUUAUUUUUUUGUCCUUCUGGAUUUGUAUUAUUAUUUUCUGCCUCAAAUUGUGUUCUGUUACACUGUGGUAUGAUUGAGUCUGUAGCUUGUCUCUGUCGGUUGUUGAUUUGGGAUUUUAUUGCUUAUUGUUAUUUAUUUAUUUUGUUUUGCUGUUUUCUAAUAACUUUCCAUCGGGUCUCCUCUGGUCGCUUGUGUGUUCUCUGCCGUUGACUGAUUCUGUACAGCUCCCUAUGGUAGCACAGAUGAAGUGGCUCAUCACUGCCCACACACACACACACACAUACACACGUUAGCACAAUCUCACACUUACACACACACACACACACAUACAAGCAGUCAUUCACACACAUACAAGCAGUCGUUCACACACAAGCACGCCAACACAUGCACGCACGCGCACACACACCCACACCCCCACACACACACACACACACACACACACACACACACACACACACACACACACACACACACACACACACACACACACACACAAACUGUAUUGUAUUAUCGUAUUCCUUUGAUUUACUCUGUCCUCUGUGUAGUGUGUGAGCUGAAGAUACAGGCUAUUGAACUAAUUACACGGAGCCGAGCUUUGAGGCCUGUGCAGCGUGGAGGCCAGUCCCCCACAAGGGGCCUCCCCACCACUUUUAGCAUUUCAAUUUUGUCAAAGUUUCCACGUUUUCACAUGUUAAGCUUUUCCGUUUUGUGCAUGUGUGCGCCAUUUUUUGUUAUCGUUGCUAAAUGCACUCAUUUCUGCAGAGGAUCAGCGCUGUAGCUUAUACUCCCUCACUGGUGUGAGACCCUCGUCCUCGUCACUGCCCUUUAUUGCGUAGCUGCCGUCAGUAUUCUCUGCUCCUCUUGGUGCAGGGUUAAGCCCGCCCCCCUUUUUUAAAUCGCCAUUUCACUUAGCCAAAAUUACUUGUCUACUUCAGUCUUUUUUUUUCCGACAAUACUUUCAUGCUUUCAGUCUGUAAUUUCUCUUUUAUUAUUAUUACUAUUGUCAUAUUAAUAUUAUUAUUAUUAUUAUUAUAUUAUUACAAAUUGUAUGUGGAGGAACUGUUUGUGUACAAUAUUAUAACUACUACUAUAGGUCUGUUACAGCCGAGUUACAGGACAUGUGGACAACCACCAGCUGAAUUACCUCUCAUUACACAUACACACAUGCACACACACAAUCACACACCCCAUUCCUCCCCCAGUUUCUCUUUCAAUCAAACACACACAUUC